UGUGUGUGGGGGGGUUGUGUUUUUACCUCUGACCUGAAUGAAUAUAGGUGCAUUUGGUUUGAUAUGCCACUGCUGCCUUGCCCAUAAUAAGAUUCAAAAUCAUGAUUUUGCUUCUUCUGUUUUUUUCUUUCUUUUCAGUUUCUUUUCCAUCAGUAAUUUUUUUUCAAUGCUUUAUUUAGAAAUGUUCAUGUUCACACUUGUUCUUCCCAGUCUUUCCCCCCGCUGAUGUCACUGGAUGAAGCAGCUUGACUGAGCUUCCCAUGUCAAUCCAUAACGUGAGGAGAAGAAGCAUGAAAUUGUGUUUUAUUUGCCCCCCAUAACAUUCCCAAAAACGGGACAGUGUUUUUCUGCUAAACAGAAUCCCAGAGGGCUUGUAUUUAGUGACUUUCCUUGAGUUGACCAAGGCAGUUAUCCUUCUAGAAUGUGACCUCCGCUAUUGACGUUGCAUGCAGCUUGUGCAACGUGUACCCUUACUGUUUGCACUGUAGGCUUAUCAUACAUCAUUUACUGAUAGCCUAGCUAGCUUAUAUAGCCUAGCCAUUGCCUUUGGUUGAAUAACUGCAGUUUGUGUGCUCCUGCACCUGACAUUUUGCAGUAGCUUACCUUAAUGAUCAUUAUAAGGAUAUAGUUUUAUUCCGACAAUACAAAAAGUUAACAUUCCCAUCCUGUCCUGUUGCAGUCCUUUGUGGAAAUUCUCUCUCCUUUCUUUCUCUCUCCUCUCUUUCUCCCUUUCUUUCUCUCUUUCCUCUCUUUCUCUGAUGGAGGAUCUGAUUAGUGACCUCUAUUACUCUGUAUCUGCCCUCAUCACUUCAGUAUUUUCACAACAAUCAAGGAGGGGAGAAUGGAGGUGGCAAGUGGGAUUGACACGAGAUGUCUCUUUUGAGCACCUGUCAACCUAUUACAAAUCUGUGAAAAUGUAAUCAUUUGGUUACCAAAUAAUGUAUUUCCUGUAGGAGUUCCAGGCUGUUAAACAGUGAACUACACGUUUUGUUUUUGGAAUAGAUGUUUUAGUUGUUGGCCAAAGGCAAAGGGGUAGGCUACAUUCCUCUGUUCCGAAAGGUCAUUCCAGUUAGAGGUUGACAAAAUAAUCCAGGAGUAACAUUAUGUCAAAUCAUGUUAGUGUUAAAACAACACAAUGCCCAGAGCCAAAUAAACCCUCACAUGAGCAUGUAGUUGACCAUUGAAUGCAUUCUUGUUUUUCUUCAACAUUUCAGAGUUAUUCAGUGCAGGCUCUCCUGGGGGAGUUUCACAAGUCUGGAUUUAUGAGUUAGCCAGAACUACUUCUGUCAACAUUUUUAACCAGUCAGGAGGAGUCAUGUUACCAUGACUGCAAAAUCUUUAUCCUUUAACCUGCUCCAUGCUAGCCUUACUUGAAACAAUACAGACUACUGCAUACCAUGGAAGCCUAUUAUUGAUAUCCUGCUGAUGUUAUUGGAAUACAUUAGAAAACACCUUUUUGGAUGUUGUCCUCACUCAGGCCAAGGUUUGGCUAUAGGCUAGGCUAUAGGCUAGGCUACACUUAUUGUCCAUUAGUCAAUAAAUCUAUUCCCUUUGUGAAGUUCCCCCGUGGUUGCAUUACGUUGUUAAUGCACUCUAAAGCUUGAGGUUUGAAAUAGGACCAACUAGUGUUGUGAUGGUCAUGGACUUGUGGAUGACCGUAAUUGUCUCAUUGAAAUCCACCAGCCAGGCCAUUAAGGAAGCGAUUAACUCAGUGUUCAUCAUUAGUGUUACUCAUUCAUUUUCUUUCCGUCAGCGAUGCAUUUACCUAAGCAGCGAACACCUCCCUAUGCAGAAACAUAGAUGCAUUUACCUAAGCAGCGAACACCUCCCUAUGCAGAAACAUAGAUGCAUUUACCUAAGCAGCGAACACCUCCCUAUGCAGAAACAUAGAUGCAUUUACCUAAGCAGCGAACACCUCCCUAUGCAGAAACAUAGAUGCAUUUACCUAAGCAGCGAACACCUCCCUAUGCAGAAACAUAGAUGCAUUUACCUAAGCAGCGAACACCUCCCUAUGCAGAAACAUAGAUGCAUUUACCUAAGCAGCGAACACCUCCCUAUGCAGAAACAUAGAUGCAUUUACCUGAGCAGCGAACACCUCCCUAUGCAGAAACAUAGAUGCAUUUACCUAAGCAGCGAACACCUCCCUAUGCAGAAACAUAGAUGCAUUUACCUAAGCAGCGAACACCUCCCUAUGCAGAAACAUAAUGCAUUUACCUAAGCAGCGAACACCUCCCUAUGCAGAAACAUAGAUGCAUUUACCUAAGCAGCGAACACCUCCCUAUGCAGAAACAUAGAUGCAUUUACCUAAGCAGCGAACACCUCCCUAUGCAGAAACAUAGAUGCAUUUACCUAAGCAGCGAACACCUCCCUAUGCAGAAACAUAGAUGCAUUUACCUAAGCAGCGAACACCUCCCUAUGCAGAAACAUAGAUGCAUUUACCUAAGCAGCGAACACCUCCCUAUGCAGAAACAGCUACCUGCAGUGCAUCACUCCAAUCUGAAGAGUCACUCCUUUCUUGCACCCCGGACUCCCCCCUUGCAGAAUCUACAAGAACAGGACUAGUACAGACAAAAUGGUAAUAUCGUCUCUAGUUGAGAUCUGAGAGGACUAGAUGAAGAGUUUCCACCAUUUUCCUUGCCCCUAUCCAGUUGUUUCUGAUGUUCUAGGGCGAGUUCAGUCCCAGAAGGGCCCAGGUAUGGAGUGUCAUUGUCAGUUUGGACCUGAAGCUGAUGCCACUGCUGUGAGUGUGUCUGUGGCCGACCUGCCAGGGAGAGCAGAGGGGCUGGGCUUGGCAGGACAACAAUGCUGCUGAUUCAGCAGAUCCGGCUGCUGAACACCAUUUUACUUUCUCAGAGAGGAGAGAAAGGGGAGACACGGAUGCAGGAGAAGCGGCAGCGGAUGGUCAGUGUUGCCGACGAAGCAGUGAGCAUGUCUGCAGAUUCGUUUGGCGCUGGGGGCAGCGAUGCCCAGCAGAGCCUACAGUCGUUCUGGCCACGCGUCAUGGAAGAGAUCAGGAACCUCACGGUGAAGGAUUUCCGCGUGCAGGAGUUGCCUCUCGCCCGAAUCAAGAAAAUCAUGAAGCUGGAUGAAGAUGUGAAGAUGAUCAGUGCGGAGGCUCCAGUGCUGUUUGCCAAGGCAGCUCAGAUCUUCAUCACAGAGCUCACGCUGAGGGCCUGGAUUCACACUGAAGACAACAAGAGACGCACCUUACAGAGGAACGACAUUGCCAUGGCGAUAACGAAGUUUGACCAGUUUGACUUCCUUAUCGACAUUGUGCCCCGGGACGAGCUCAAGCCCCCCAAACGACAGGAGGAAGUGCGUCAGUCGGUGGCCCCAGCAGAGCCGGUUCAGUACUACUUCACCCUGGCUCAGCAGCCAGGCCAGGUGCAGGGCCAGCAGGCCACUGGACAACAGGCUACCACCAUCCAGCCUGGACAGAUCAUCAUCGCACAGCCACAGCAAGGACAGGUGCUGCAGGGGACCACAAUGCAACAGUUACAGCAGGUGCAGGUAGCCCAGUCACAGGGCACACCUAUCACGGGAGGGGCUCCAAUGACCAUGCAGGUGGGAGACCAGCAGGUCCAGAUAGUACAGGCGUCGUCCCAGGGCCAGACCCAGACGGUGCAGUCAGGACAGACCAUGCAGGUCAUGCAGCAGAUAAUCACCAACUCCGCAGAGAUCCAGCAGAUACCAGUGCAGCUGAACAAUGGUCAGUUGCAGUACAUUCGGCUGGCACAGCCUGUCUCUGGCACACAGGUGGUUCAGGGACAGAUCCAGACGCUGGGUAACACUCAGCAGGUACAGAUUACACAGACAGAGCAAGGCCAGCAGCAAUUCAACCAGUUUACUGACGGACAGCAGUUGUAUCAGAUUCAGCAGGUGAUGCCGGCGGGACAGGACCUGAGCCAGCCGUUGUUCAUCCAGUCCACCAAUCAGACGGCUGAUGGACAGGUCACCACACAGGUCAGCACAGACUGAGGCUCUGGAAGCAUCCUCCUGACCACCAAACCAUUGACCACACCACCUGCUACCAUCCAUAAGGACAACACUGGCUCAAACGCCAAGGGACCUCCUAGGAGGCGUCCAAAAUGGUCAAAAGUAGAGCCCAUUAUAGGGUGCCAUUUGGGAUGUACUCUUACUCUCAUUCAAUACACUGGUCUAUGACAUGAUACCGGUACUUAAAAGGAACUGUCUGGCAACAACAGUUCUUAAUUCAGUAUACUGGGUCAGAUACCAAAGGGACUGCUCUACAACUCCCUCUCAUUCCCAUUUAAUAUCGUCUCUCUCUGCCUCUGUUAGUUCCUCCAGGCACCCACUCUCACCUGAUACGUUCCCCAAAAAAGCCCCCAUUCAUGAGAGCUACACACAGGGUAUCCAAACACUGAAUCCUCCAGGACUCAACUCUCCUCCGUUUUAGUGACCAGCUGUUCAUCCUCAAUGUCUGUAAAACCUUUAUGUACAAAUCUCCUCUGUAUAUUCUCUGUCUCUCUGUGAAGUACACCAUAUGGGUGGCUCUUGGGUUCUCUAUGGGGACGUCCCAAAUGCCUCCCUAUUCCCUAUACAAUGCACUCAUUUUGACCACGGUCUAAAGGGUUUUGGUCAAAAGUAGUUUUCUAUAUAGGGAAUAGAAUGCUUUGGGAUGCAUCCGAUGGAAGGCUUGGCCCUUGUUUUGUCUACAAGCCAAGAUAACAUAAAUCCUUUGUUUGUAAUGUUUUUAUGUGUAGACGUUUCAAAUAAUAAUCUAUAAAGCCAUACUCUUACCUAACCCAUUUAUUUCACAAUAAAUCAUUGUCAAUUGUACGAGACCAGCCAUGAUAGGUCAAUUAAGUUAUGUUAGUUUCUGGCAGGUUUUUCACAUUGACGAGUCAUUGCCAUCGAUGAAAGGGCUUCUAACUGUAUGAUUGAGUUUUGUAUGUAUGACCUGUGUGUGUGUGUGUGUGUGUGUGUGUGUGUGUGUGUGUGUGUGUGUGUGUGUGUGUGUGUGUCAUUCAAUAUUGUGCAGUUACUGCAGUAUACUUUCCCUAUGGCCCAGUGAUCCUAUUCACCUCUUCAGUGCCCCCUCUUCUCUAUUUCCUCUUCUAUUCCCCUCUCCGUCUCUCCAUUAAUUUCCACUGAUCACUCUAUCAUUGUUAGAGCAGGGAGAGGUUAGGCCUUUCUGUCUCUAUGCAGUCUCUUCUUUCUCCACUUCUCUAUAUUUCUCUCCCUUUACUGUUUCCUGUAUCCAGAGAGGUUUGUGGUUCUCCUGCCUGCUCUGAGGAAGCCUAAUGUAUAAAAACAACUCCACUGGAAGAAAGGCCUCUUUUUAUAAACUCUUAUUUUGAAAUCCUGUUGUAACUUGUCAAUGUUAAUUUGUUUUUAUGAUCACCCCUCUCCCUCCUCCCCUUUCUUAUUUAGAAAGUUGAAUUGUUAUCAUUGCUGUUCUUAUUAUUGUCGAUUUGCAUGUAGUUUAAACUGCCAGCAUGAUAUGCAAUAGAUGGGUAGACAUUCUAUUUUGUAAGCAAACUUUGGGUUUGUGAGAAAAUAAAAUGCAAAUAAAAAACAUUACAUGCAAUCUUUA